AUGGAAAGAAUUAUAAAAAUUGGAAAAACAUUACGUAAUAAUUGGAAAAAGUCGGUUCUUGGUGCCGUCGUCUUGUAUUACGGUGCGGCUACAGCCAAAGAAAGAUAUGAAAUAAAUAUAUUGAUGCGAGCAGCUUGUAAGGAGGCUGCUAAGUAUGGAGACGCUUUAAUACCGAUGGAUAGAAACCCCACAUUGAUAACCAUCAUAUUAAACCCGGUGGCCAAUAAGAGAAAAGCGAAAAAAGAUUUCGAAAAAUAUUGCGAACCUCUGCUGCAUUUGGCCGGCCUACAAGUUGACGUCAUUCAAACGACGUCCGAGGGUCACGCUAAAGAAAUAGUGGAGACUUUAAGAGGCACAGAAGCUAUUAUAGUUGCUGGAGGCGACGGGACACUAUCAGAAACGGUCACAGGUCUGCUUCGUAGAAAUGACGAUGCCAACAGAUUUCCUCUCGGAGUUUUGCCGUUAGGUCGCACGAAUAGUGUAGGAAACACCUUGUUCCCGAGAGGCGAUGGAGUGGCUAAGGUCAAACAACUGAUAGAGGCUUGCAUGGCGAUAGUGGAAAAUAAUACUACGUGGAAAAAUGUAAUGAAAAUUGAGCCCUUGAAUGAGGAAACACCGAGCAAACCUAUCUACGCGUUGAAUUCUAUGGAAUGGGGCGCGUUUAGGGAGACUCAAGCUAAGAAGGACAAGUACUGGAUAUAUGGACCAUUCAGAGAAUAUGCAUCAUAUAUAUUCAACGGUUAUAAGAAUACACUGAGCUGGGAUUGCCGCGGAACUAUAAAGUAUACACCUCCAUGUUCAGGAUGCAGCAAUUGUGUUGUUAAGAAGCCGGAGGUCAAAAGAAAGUGGACGUUCUUCAUUCCUACCAAGGAAGCCGCUUCUGAAACCGACCUGACCACCCGGAUCAACCCUGAAUGUGCGACUGAGAGUGAAAUGUGUUUCAAAACGACCGAUUUUAUAAUACAACCUCAAGUCAGUGAUGGGGUACCAUCUUUAAACGUGGGUCUAGCUAAAAAUAGUUACUCCUACUUCGAAUUUGUCUCAGAAGGAUGGCGGCGGGCGAAGGGCGAUGACAACAGAUCAGCGGUGGUCCAAGCAAGAACAAUAGAAUUACAGCCCCAAGAACCGAAACCUGACGUAGUUAUAGCAAUAGAUCAAGAGGAAUUCGAAGUUAAACCGGUCAAAAUUACUAUAUUACCAAAUAAGGUGAAAUUCUUCUGUAGGCCCGAAUUGAAAUUGUAUAAUGAGAGUAAUUCUAAUAUUGAAAUUAAAUUAAUAUUUUUCGGAUGUACUACGCGACUUUUUUUUGUAAAAACUACAUAG